UUAAAAGGAGGAGACAAAAAAACGCUCCCUGUGCUUAGGUUUUCAGUCUUGUGGACUGAUCAUACAGUACGUGUUGAAGUGUAGCAGUAGUCCAGAAAAAGCACCAACUACAUUCAGGUUCCUCAGACCCUUUUAACUAUUACCAACAGCCAUGAAGUACAGGACAGUGAUUAUGUAUUCGGAGAUAGGAUGUUUUGUGGUUUGCGUGUGUGGAUGGAUCCUUGUUUGUUCUACAAUGCCGAUUGAGACCUGGACCUGGUCAGAGGUAGAAAGCAUCGUUCUUACUACUUCUAACUACUUCUCCAAUUUAUGGAAAGACUGCAUCUCAGAUUCAACCGGAGUUUCUGACUGCAAGGGAUUUCCAUCUAUGCUUGCGCUUCAACUGUAUAUACAUUUGUGCCGUUCUCUGAUCAUCAUCGCAAUAGUCUUGGGAUUUUUUGGAGCAAUUCUUGCUUUGGUGGGAAUGAAGUGUACCAAGAUUGGAGGAACUGAAAUUAUUAAUGCCAGAGUGACCUUUGCAGCUGGAAUUAACUAUCUGAUUUCAGGAAUAUGCGCUAUGUUUGCUUUCUCCUGGUAUGGCGACAAAGUUGUGUCUGAGUUUAAAAACCCUAGAUUCAGGGGACAAAAGUUUGAGUUAGGUGCAGGUCUGUUCAUUGGCUGGGGUGGAUCCUUUCUGUUGAUAUGUGGGGGGCUUGUCUACAGCAUCUUUGCAGGAAAAGAGGGCUGUAGAUCAAGCCCGGAUAAUACAGAUGUGCCGGUGUACACCGCUUACCGUGCUCCCCCAUCGUUUAUUUCCUACGCACCUAAGCUGGCUGACACCUUGCCACCGUCUCCAAUCCCUGACAGAGAGAGCCGGAAGUCCAAAACCCCCAGCAGAAGCUCCGGCAGAACCAACAGCACAGACGCAUAUGUGUAGAGUUGAGGCUCUCAAAACACAAGAAAAGAUGCCAAAUGCAACAGAUGUGCAAUAGAUGACAAUGCAGUGAAUUUGAAACGACCAUCUUAUGAUGCUAAAUAUUGUCACUUUUACAAAACAACAACAAAAAACAGAAUUCAAUUUUAAAUAAAAAAUGUGAUGGAUAAGAACAGAAUAAGAAGUGUUGUAUUCAGAAGACUUGUAUUUUUGUUUGGCUCUAUUACCUGCUGAUGUGGAUACUUUCACUCGUAGGACAUUCAUGGCCUACAUUUAUAGUGUCAAGCUAUUUAAUUGGUCACUAUGAUUUUCUGGCUAAUAAAGUUUAAUCCACUGUAUUAUCCCAGACUUUCUAUACAUUGCGGUAGACCUACUUCAUGUGACCCAUGCAGAAUAUUAUUACCAUAUGUUUGGCCUAGGUAUAGGCUACUGCUGCAUUAGGUCACCAUCGGCUCAUCAGGUCACAUAUGGCCAUGGGUCAAGAAGACUAUUUUCAUGUUGCCAGUCUACCAGGUUCAGAACAGACGUUUGACGUCCUGCAUGUCGGCAUUUUAUAGCAGAGACAUUUACUUAAGCUUGGAAAAGUUCCUCAAUACUGAUUGUGAUGAUCAUAACAAAUGUGGUAUCCUGGUAUAGGACACUGUCCUCGUUAGUGCUGCCGUGGCCGGACUUCGUUGAGCCAA